AUGGUUGCUGCCCGAUUAAUAGAAAGACUCAACAACAUCUUUGAAAAUGUGGACUUGGAGCCGGAGCGGAAAAUUCACGAGCUUGAGAGCAAGCUAAUCGAGCUCAAAACACGCUAUGAGACGCUGGAAGAAAUGGAUCAGAUCAACGUACUGCGUCGUGUAAAUCCUCCCGAUGAUUCCAAUCUACAACAAACACCAAGGCUGCCGUCUCGAGCAACUAGUCGCCCCAAAAUCACUUUGCCACGUUUCAAUGGCGAUAUUUUGCAAUGGCAGUCUUUCUGGCAAGCUUUCGUUGCCGAAAUUGAGAGUGACGAAUCGUUAGCUGAUAUAAACAAGUUCAAUUACUUACUGGGUCAACUAGACCAAAAGGUGUUAGCCACAGUGGCAGGCCUAACUCCAUCAAACGAAAAUUACGAAGUUCUAAUGGAUCUCCUUAAAGAGCGUUAUGGAAGAAAACCGGUUAUCGCAGCCUACAUGAGAGCACUCUACAAUUUACAAAAACCUGAAGCUAAUUUGAAGACCCUUCGAGGCUUCUAUGAACAGGUAGAAUCUUACGUCCACGGUUUGGAGUCUUUAAGGAAAGCUCCCGAUACAUACGGUGACUUGCUUGUAUGUAUCCUUCUAGAUAAACUACCCGGUGAAGUACGCAAAAAUGUCGCUCGACAGCACGAUCAGGACGAGUUUACUCUUGAACAACUACGAAAAGCUCUAAAGGAAGAAAUUAGAGUUAUGGAAGCUGGGCAAGUCGCGUCAUUGCCAACAAGUUUGCCGUCAAGCAAACAGCCCUAUUCACGACAAUCAACUACCAUGUUCAAUGGGGUAACGAACCAGAAGCCCCCAUUUCAAUUCCCUUGCGUCUUUUGCGGUGCGGAUCAUCCAGUGUCGCAAUGCACUACUGUGUCUUCAGUUGAAGAAAGAAAAAGAAUUGUUCUUCAAAAGCGUCUUUGUUUCAAUUGUCUAAGUGCCAAGCAUCAACGGAAAGAUUGCCAGUCUCGGGCAGUCUGCAGAAUCUGCCGGAAGCAGCACCACUCCAGCCUACAUGACUCUUCAAAACCAAUCGGCGUCACAGCUACUACAGUAACAAAUGCUCACCUCCAAGUAACGAAUUCAAAGGCUCCUCACCAAUUAACCAUAGUCGCUCACAAGAGCACCAGUUCCGUCAACAUGGUAUCGUACCCAUACGUGUUCUUGAAAACAGCCAUUCUCAAAACGCGCUCAGCAAAAUGUGAAGUAAACGCCAAUGCUAUGUUUGACGAAGGCGCGCAGAGGAGUUGGAUAACACGCGAUGUAGCAAGACGUCUUGGUCUUCGAACAAAAGCAAAAGAGUUUCUUAAAACGUGCGGAUUCGCAAAUGCUAGUUCAGCUCCAGAAUUCUUCGAUGUAGUGGAGUUUGGAAUUGAAGUCAAGGACAAGACUCUAGUUGCCCUACGAGCAAUUGUUAUCGACUAUCUUGUCGAUCCAUUAGACAAUAAAUAUCGUCAAAAUCUAAAGAGACUUCCACAUCUAAGGGAUCUUGAUUUGGCCCAUCCCUACACUGGAGAAGAUUUGUUCCCAGUCGAUUUGCUAAUCGGUGCCGAUUUCUAUUGGGGUUUCAUCGGCGGUGAUAAACCAGUCCGCGGCGAAGGUCCAACGGCAAUCAAUUCCAAAGUAGGCUGUCUGGUGUCCGGCCCAAUCGAAAGUCUGAGAAUGCAAAAGCCAGUUCAAGUCAUGAACCUUCAUAUUCAGUCAAUGGAAAGUGUUGAAGACUUGUCAUUUUUGUGGUCGUUGGAAAUGUUGGGUAUUUUCCUUCAUCUAGAAAAGUACACGGCGCGAUUCCCAUGGAAGAACGAGCAUCCGGAACUUGCAGUUAAUUUUACCAUGGUGAAAAACAUGACUCAAGCGACCAUUAAGCGUCUAGUAAGAGAUGGCAUGCUAGGAGUAUUUGCCACCAUCAUCAAGGAUCAGCUAGAUCGCCAAUUUAUCGAGAAGGUUUACUGGGAACAAGACAAAAAAGGGUGCCACUACAUCCCGUAUCACUAUGUCAGAAAAGAGUCUUCAACAACUCCCAUCCGGAUCGUCUACAACUGCUCCAACAAGGGUUGGGAUAGUGUGAGUUUCAACGACUGCGUUGAGACCGGUGCGCCUCUUCACAACGACCAAGUUCAUCUUUUAAUUCGAUUCCGAGUUCACGCUAUAGGCUUUGUUGCUGACGUUGAGAAAGCCUUCCAUCACAUCGGGCUUUAUGAGCCAGAUCGUGACUAUUUACGCUGGAUGUGGCUGUCAGAUCCAAAGGAUCCAAACUCAUCAUUGGACAUAUAUCGCUUCAAAGUAGCUCCGUUCGGUGCAAAAUCAUCACCAUUUAUUCUAAACUCUGUCAUCAUGCACCAUCUCUCGAAAAAUGGAUCCUCAGUUGCUAUCGAUAUGCAGCGAAGUGUUUUUGUGGACAACAUCAUUAGCGGUUGUGAAAGUAAAAGUGAAGCAGAAAGUUAUUUUCAUAAGGCUAGCAGCAUCAUGUGCAGUGCGAAUCUACCACUUCAAUCUUGGGGGUUCAGCGAUCACGACGUAGAGAAAAAACUAGAAGUGAAAGGAGUCAUCGACACUUCACGGGAAUCAAAAACACUUGGUCUAACUUGGAAUCGUGAUACCGAAUGCCUCCGCGUUCAAGUUCCAAACUUAUCACCUGUAAAAAGAGCCACUAAACGGGAUGUACUUAGAGGAACGGCAAUGUUCUACGAUCCGUUAAGUCCUUAUGCUCCGUUAGCAACAAGCGGAAAAACUCUCAUCCAAGAUUUGUGCAUCAAAGGGGUUAAGCUAGAUGAAGAAUUGGACAGUGACCACUUGGAAAGGUGGAAAGAGAUAGUGUCUUCAAUCAUCAACGCCACAAGGCGGGAAGUUAUGUCCGUGAAAAGAUCUUAUUUCGGCACUGCCUCAGCAGUUCGAGACCUUCAUAUUUUCUGUGAUGCUAGUCGUCGAGCCUAUAGGGCGGUGGCUUAUUUAGUGCAUCAAGGCGAAGUAUCAUUCGUCGAAUCAAAAGUUAGAGUUACGCCGAUCAAAAGCUAUCAACGAAAAGAUGAUAAAGAGUUGUCCAUCCCUGAGUCGGAGCUGAUGGCGGCAUAUUUGGGUACUCUAGUCGCUUCUAUCAUCAUAUCGGCAUUAGAGCCGCUCGGAUCGAAAUUGAAAGUCUAUCUAUGGAGCGACAGCCAGAUUGUGCAUUAUUGGAUCAACAAAGAAGAGGGUCAUCCACGUCCAUUCAUCAGCAAUCGCGUGAAAAAGAUAAGGAGUUCAACAGGACGCAUGCAGCUACAUGGAAGUAUGUUCAAUUAG